AUGGCUUCCCUUGAGGCAUACGCUGAUAUAAUUAGUGAUAUGUUGAGAAGGCAUGGGACUCAUGCUGACAUUUCACAGCACCUUACAGAUAUUGGCGUGGGACGUGGAUGCUCUGUGAUGAGUGUGCGAAGAUUUUGUGAUGGUCACAAACUCAAGCGGGGAAAAUCUGAUGCGCAGUUGGAAGUAGAUGUGUCGACUGCAGUUGCCGAGACUGGACCGACCUUCGGCAGAAAAUUGAUGACUGGCUACCUGGCGACUAAAGGAGUUUUUGCUGCGGAGAAUCGUGUUGGACGAAUUCUAUGUGGAAUUGAAAGACCCUACCAUGAAGCGAGAUGCAGGGGUCUGCGGAACUUUAACCCAGUGCCCUACCAUGCUGCCUAUAUGGGUCAUAAACUCCAUUUAGAUCAAAACGAAAAAUUAGCAAUGUUUGGGGUGACCCAUGUUACUGCAGUGGAUGGGUACAGUAGCAAAGUCGUGGCUCAUGCAACAAUGCCAGUGAAGAAUAACCUCACCAUUUAUGAGGAAGUCUAUAGGGCGGCUGUUGUCAACCACGGGAUGUGGGACCAGGUGAGAGUCGACCACGGCAAGGAAUUCUACUUGUCUCUUUUUAUUCAGGAAAUCCUUGCUUCCCAUAUGCACAAUCAGGACAAACCACCAUACUGCCAAACCACAUCAACAAAGAAUCAUAAAGUUGAGCGGAUGUGGCCUGAAGUAAACAACAGGGUCAAUUACCCACUGAAGGAGGCUCUGAUCAAUCUGACUGACCAAGAACUUCUCGACAUGGACUGUAACAUUAGCAGAUACUGUGUGUCUAACUUGACUGGUCAACUUUGUUGUCUUGGUAUAAAAAGACUUGUGGAUGCCUGGAAUGAACACAGAAUCCCUGGUAUGUUAAAAACCAUUUAA